AUGUCUAGAAAUCUUAGUUGGAGUCAGUUAGGUAAUGAAGUGAAGUUUCAUGAUCAGUCCAAGGACUUGAUAAAGCCUGAAGAUAAAAGACCUUACCAAGAGGUCUUGCCGUUUCCUAUGUUCAAGGUUUCUCAGAAGAGAGAUGUUGGUUCAAGCUCGAAAGCUGUGGUGGCUAAUAGGAUGCCUUGGAUGAAUGCGCUAGGAGACAAAGAGAAGUUCAGUUCUUCCAGUAACCGUCUUGAUUUCCCGGUUCAAGAACAGACUACACAGAACCUUCUAGAGCUGAUAAGACCAGUGAGGUUUUACGCAACGGUUGAUUCGGUUCAACGAGUUUCUGGUGAGAUCAACUUACCAGAGGAAGAUGGUUACCAGCUACUGAAGGGCUCCAUGAAACUGAAAGGAAAGAUUUUUGGUGGGUAUCUUGAUCUGUUUCCUAAUGUAGAUCACCAACAUAGAGGUGGAGUAAGGCUGCAGUCUCUAGAAAGCUCAAAGGACACCGAAGAAGAUGGGCUGAUCAGACAAAAUGAAUCAUCUGCAGAGACUGAUAUCCUGGAAAUGGAUAAACUUCAGACAAUACAUCUUUCCGGCUCCAUUUCAUCAUCGUCAACUAAGGGCAAAGGAAGAAUAGGCGAUUCAGGCACUCCUAGAACUGAAAUACCUGACAUGAAUGAAGAGCCGCCUCUAGUUCUGGAUGGAGAGGGUGAAACAAGCAACUCGGCUACUCAAAGUCUGAACGUGGAUCACUUCCUCUCAAGAGACUGCAAACGUGUGCGGUUAGAACCAGAAGUGGAACCCAGCAGUAGAUGGGUGAAGCGUCUGAAAACAACAGCCGCUGCCUCCGAUUCAAGCGGCCAAGGUGAAACCAAGAGCUUGAUGAAGAAUGAAGCAGCUUCUCCGGCCCAAAAAGAGAACAUCAAUAACCUGUUCCUUGAAAUCUUGAAGUCUGGGAUCAACAAUCUCCAACCAAGAAAUCAAGAACCCGUCACUCCAGAAAUCAACCUGGGAGGAGAAGGCGUUACGCUUCUGCAUCCAUGGAUCCAGAGGUGGUGCAAGAAGAAAGCUACAUCGACAGAUCGAUUAGAAGGGCAAGAAGUUCGCUUUGAGAUAGAGAACCAAAAGGAGUUGGAGAAGAAACAGUAUCCGAGUAUUGCAGCCAUGGCACUCAUGGGGAAGGCUUUGAGCGGUUUAAACCCGUAUGGUCUUAAAAAGACCGACUCUCUCAUGGUCUGGAAUGCUCGGGAUUUAAGGUAGGAAAAAAAAAAAAAAGUAAAAUAGUCUACGUAGAGACAAGAUCUCAGAGACUUAAGUUUAAUUCGAAACAUGUAAGAGUUUGACAGGACCUCCUAUAUCAUCUUAGUCUACGUAGGCGUCAGUCUCAUUAUCUUAUUAUAUUUGUUAUUUGUAUCAUAUAACUUCUUGUAUAUAUAGCAGAACAAUAUUCCAUUUGUCACUGAUGCAGCUA